GAGUUCUAUGGGCCCGACCCCAAAUCCUCCCCUGACUACGGCCGCAUCAUCAACCAGCGCCACUUCAACCGCGUGAUGGCUCUACUGGAUGGCUACACAGCGGCGCUAGGGGGCCAGAGUGACGCAUCACAACGCUACAUUGCCCCCACGGUGGUGAAGGACGUGCCCCCCCAUGCUAGGCUGAUGCAGGAGGAGAUCUUCGGCCCCCUGUUGCCCAUAGUGACCGUCAGCGACAUAGAUGACGCCAUCCACUUCAUCAGUGAGAGAGAGAAGCCCCUGGCGCUCUACGUCUUCUCCUCCAACAAGAAGGUGAUAAAGCGAAUGCUGGCUGAGACGACCAGUGGCGGGGUGACGGUCAAUGACGUCAUGAUGCACUACACCCUCAGCUCUCUGCCCUUUGGGGGUGUAGGUCAGAGUGGAACAGGCAGGUAUCAUGGAAAACACACCUUUGAUCAGUUCAGCCACCAUCGGGCGUGUCUGGUCAAGUCCCUGGGCAUGGAGGGGCAACCUCCGCGGUAUCCACCCCAGAACACAGAAGGCUCGCGGUCAGGCGGCCAUGAAGACACCAACUGGUUGAACUUCUCCAAGGGCACUACAUCUGGGCGGUCACGGCGUCCAUGUGGCUCUCUGGGACUCCUGGUCGCCUGA